AUGGCCUGUCCCCCGGCGGAGUGUGCCUGUGCUCGGGUGGGGCGGUUGUGGCAGUGGGGAGGGGGGUCACCUGGAGCGUGGUGGCGGCGCAGAGAGGUGUGGAGUGUGGGAACCGUCCUGCCCAGGCUUCGGAUGACACGGAUGGAGUUACGGCCUGGCCAAGAGAUCCUCGACACACGAUACGCACUCUCCUUUUCCCCCCGACAGCACAGCGCGACACGGAGCCCAGCGCAACACACUUUCUCUGGCGGUGGCGCGCACUCGGCUUGA